GGGCCGCUUCCCCGCCGGCCCCGCCACCAAUGAGGGCCAGGUCCGUCACGGCGGCGCGUCACGCGGGCGGCCGCCAAGAUGGCGAAGGUGUCGGAGAUGUACGACGUGACUUGGGAAGAUAUGCGUGAUAAAAUGAGGAAAUGGAGGGAAGAAAACUACCGGAACAGUGAACAGAUAGUGGAUGUUGGAGAAGAGUUAAUUAAUGAAUAUGCAUCUAAACUUGGAGAUGACAUUUGGAUAAUAUAUGAACAGGUGAUGAUUGCUGCCCUGGACUGCAGUCGAGAUGAUUUGGCAUUGUUUUGUCUUCAGGAGCUAAGGCGGCAGUUUCCUGGGAGCCACAGAGUUAAGCGAUUAACUGGAAUGCGAUUUGAAGCUAUGGAAAGGUAUGAUGAUGCUAUCCAGUUAUAUGAUAGAAUUUUACAAGAAGAUUCAACUAACACAGCAGCAAGAAAGCGUAAGAUUGCCAUUCGAAAAGCCCAGGGGAAAAAUCUUGAGGCCAUCCGAGAGCUGAAUGAAUAUCUGGAACAAUUUGUUGGAGACCAAGAAGCUUGGCAUGAACUUGCAGAACUUUACAUCAAUGAACAUGACUAUGCAAAGGCAGCCUUCUGCUUAGAGGAGCUUAUGAUGACUAAUCCGCACAACCACUUAUAUUGUCAGCAGUAUGCUGAAGUUAAAUACACUCAAGGGGGGCUUGAAAACCUCGAGCUAUCAAGAAAGUAUUUCGCACAAGCACUGAAGCUUAACAACCGAAAUAUGAGAGCUUUGUUUGGACUUUACAUGUCUGCCAGCCAUAUUGCCUCCAAUCCAAAAGCAAGUGCAAAAAUGAAAAAAGAUAAUAUGAAAUAUGCCAGCUGGGCAGCCAACCAAAUAAACAGAGCAUACCAGUUUGCAGGUCGCAGUAAGAAGGAAACUAAAUACUCUUUGAAGGCAGUAGAAGACAUGUUGGAGACUCUGCAAAUUACUCAGUCUUAGGUGGGCACAGAGAUCAAGUAUUAAGUUUUCCAGUUCCAUGAUCAGCCUGCAAUGACCUAGGGGUUAUGUUACUCUAAUGCUGUUAAAUGCUAAUUUUGUAUUGAUUAACCUGCUAUCUAAAAUAAUGUUUUAUGGAGAGUAAAAUAUGUAUUUAUUGCUGCUAUGAGAAAUGUGAUGAAUGCCCACUGAAAUGAGUAAAUUAUCCACUUAGACAACAUAAAGAAAUUACACAUGCUGCACAUCAGUCUUUUCAGAUUUUUGUAUCUAUAGUAACUGCUUCUAAGUCACAAUUUGUAGAAAUAAACUUGUUAAAUGAUU